AUGAUGUUAGAUAGCGAUAUUCGACUGCAGUCUAGAAGCUCACAAGGUUCUUCUGUUUUUCAUCAGAUUUCAGUUGCUGAGUCGGGUGGUGACCGGCCAAUCGAAGCAUUGAGUCAAGGGUCUCCUGAAUAUGAACCUCCAAUCUCUAAAUAUAACAAAUACUCAGUAGUGAUAGCUGGAUUCAUAGCUAAUUUCAUGGUGUUUGGAAUUGCAUUCACAUUUGGUGUGUUUCAAGACUUUUAUUUAAGUCCAGAGGGUCCUCUCCACGGGCAGUCAGUCGCUGUUGUCUCGAUUAUCGGUUCAGUUGCAACAUGUUUGACAUAUACUCUGACCAUUUGUAAUAAUUUACUGGCAAAAUAUCUUUCUGUUGCUCAAAUAAUGGGCAUUGGUUCGUUAAUUUUCUCGUUAGGACUCAUAUGUGCGUCGUUUUCUCGGACAACAUGGGAAUUCAGUUUGACCCAAGGUGUGCUAUUCGGUAUCGGUUCUAGCAUGUUAUAUAUGCAACCUGUGAUUCAUGGCCCACCCUAUUUCACUACACACCGAGGUAUUGCCAUGGGAAUAAUAUUCUCUGGGACAGGUAAGUACAUGCCAAUGUCAAAGUACGAAAUUUUUGCCAGAAGCUAA